AGAUGAAGACAAUGAUAAGGAGGAAAGAGAGAAAGAGAGUUUUGAUGAUGAAGAAGUGACAGAUGAGGAGAGUCAAGGUACAAGCAAAAUCGUCGAACAAACAUCGAUUAUAGACAACAGUGACGAUAUGAUUAUUGAGGAACUAGGCUCCGAGGACACUGCCGAAACGAGCGAUAAAGUUGCCCCGUCUGUGGAUGGGGCAAGCAGUAGAGAUGAUAGUGUUGCCCCAUCGGAUAAUGGGACGACCGAUUCUGUGAAGCCUCAUAAUCGAGGGAACUCUAAAUUGCGACUUGUUCUGAGACCACUUUGUGAAGACGGAUGUUCCAAAUGCGGGUACGACCAUUCGGAACGUCCCGGGUUUAUCCCAAAUUCGGGAUCCCUGGCCCGUUUCACGAUGGAGCAACCCGUCUGCCGAUUGCCGUCCCCAUUUCUAAACUAUAGCCUUCUACCAUCGGGCUACUGCGCAGAGACAUUGAGAGACUGUGCGGAAAUCGAGAGGAGAGGAAUGAAUUUUUGCGAGUGA